UUUAUGACUGCUUCCAUGAAUGAAACUUAUGUAACACUUGGUGGUUUUGUAGAGGUGGAAAAAUACAAGUACUUAUAUUUUGUGAUCACUUUUAUAAUUUAUGUUUUGAUACUUUUUUGUAAUUCCACUAUAGUUUGCAUUAUUGUGGUUCAUAAGAACCUUCAUCAUCCCAUGUAUAUUUUUGUUGCUGCUUUAUUAUUGAAUUCUGUUCUCUUCAGCACUACAGUUUACCCAAAACUUUUGAUUGAUUAUAUAACUGAAAAGCAGAUCAUAUCACAUUCAAUGUGUCACUUUCAGUAUUUGAUAUUUUACAAUUUAUGUGGUGCAGAAUUCCUAUUGUUGGCUGCCAUGGCUUAUGACAGAUAUGUGUCAAUAUUUAAACCUCUGCAAUAUCACAGUAUGAUGAAGAAAACUACUGUAUGUGUUGUGUUGGUUAUGGCUUGGCUUGUACCUUUUUGUCUGGUUGCUGGAUCAACUAUUCUGUCUGCUAAGCAGAAAGUUUGUAACUUUACCUUAAAUGGAAUUUUUUGCAAUAACUCAGUUUACAAACUUCACUGUGUGACAUCAAAAACUAUAUCUGUAUACGGAGUGAUCGUUGUACUUUGUGUUGUGUUUUUGCCCAUGAUUUAUAUAGUUUUCACUUAUGCAAGAAUACUUAUAAUAUCCUGUUAUAGUAGUAAAACUGUCAGGACAAAAGCUGCACAGACCUGUUUACCUCAUUUGUUGGUUUUACUCAACUUUUCAUUUUUUACUGCUUAUGAUGUUUCUUCGCCUAGAUUAGAAACUGAUAUUUCAAAAACGGUUCGUUUAGUGAUGACUUUACAAACUGUGUUGUAUCAUCCUCUGUUAAAUCCAAUCAUAUAUGGACUAAAAUUAAAUGAAAUUUCAAAACACCUUAAGAAUAUAUUUCAUCAAAUAACUCGUUAA